AUGUCGGACGGAGGAACGGAGCACCAGCACAGACGCACGUUCUUCCCCCGCAACUGUCUCUUCCUAAUCAUAUGCUGGUUCUUAGUUCCAGGUAGCGCAACGAUCUGAUGAUCUAUUUCUCCUGGUUAAGUUCCCCUCUAUCUUCCCUGCCUGUGAUUAAUUCUUCUGGCGUCCAAAUUUGCAGUCCCGGACCUCGUGGUCGGUAUCUCCCUGGAGAGGGAUCAGGAGGUUCUGCUCAGGCUCAGGGAGUACCUCCUGAAGGGAAACCAAUUCAACAGAGGCCCCUAUGCCCUAUGGAAUGCGUCCGAUCCCUCCCCCUGCAACUGGACGGGGAUCAGCUGCCACAACGGACGCGUCACCGAGGUAAAUCUCACGGAAUCCAGCAUCUCCGGAAAAAUCUUCGACGGUUUCUCCGAGCUCACCGAGCUCUCCCGCCUGGACCUCUCCAAAAACACCAUAUGCGGCGCCAUCCCGACCGGUCUGAACCAGUGCCGUCGCCUCAAAUACCUCAACCUUUCCCACAACAUCAUCGAGGGACCGCUGAAUCUCUCCGGGUUGAGCAGAUUGGAGGUGUUGGACGUAACUCUCAAUCGUCUCAACGGCAGCAUCCAGUCGAAUUUCGCCGAAUUCUGCACUAAUCUGGUUGUCUUCAACAUCUCCGUUAACCGCUUCCGCGGCGGGAUAAGGGACCUCUUUGACCGAUGCCCAAGGUUGAAAUUCCUGGAUCUCAGUGCCAACAUGUUCGACGGAGAUAUUUGGCAGGGAUUUUCUAAUCUUCAGGAGUUCUCCAUGUCGGGGAAUAAGAUCACCGGCGAAGUCAUGGCGGACACUUUCCCCUCGAAUUGCAGCCUCAGCUUGCUAGAUUUGUCGCAGAAUAAUCUCUACGGAACCUUCCCCAACAGCAUCUCCAAUUGUAGGAAUCUGACUAAUCUGAACUUGUGGGGGAACGAAUUCGGUGGGAGGAUACCCUCGGGCAUCGGAUCUCUGUCGGAGUUGGAGUACCUGUUCCUCGGCAACAACAACUUCGACCGCCUCAUCCCAGAGCAGCUCCUCAACUGCUCCAAGCUGGCCUCCCUCGACAUCAGCAAGAACAACUUUGGGCCGGAGGUCCAAGACAUCUUCGGGCGCUUCACGCAGGUGAAGUUUCUCAUUCUGCACAGUAAUAACUACAGCCGAGGGAUCGAGUCGUCCGGAAUCCUGAAGCUGAAGAACAUCGUGAGAUUGGACCUCAGCUUCAACAACUUCUCCGGCCAACUGCCGGUCGAGAUUACCCAGAUGCCACAGCUCAAGUUCCUCAUACUGGCGUACAAUAAUUUCUCCGGAGUCAUACCGACAGAUUUCGGGAACAUGACCACCCUCCAAGCGCUGGACCUCUCCCACAACAUGCUGUCCGGUCCGAUCCCCCCGUCCGUCGGGAAGCUGACGUCUCUGCUCUGGCUGACGCUCGCCGACAACUCUCUGUCCGGCCAGAUACCACCGGAGAUCGGUAAUUGCAGGAGCCUACUAUGGCUGAAUCUCGCUAAUAAUCAGCUUUCUGGAGAGAUCCCGCUAUCCAUCGCGGAGAUGGGGAGUUCCCCCAAUGCAACGUUUGAGCUCAACCGGAGGAACAGCCGUUUGUCCGCUAGCUCCGGCGAAUGCCUCGCCAUGAGGCGGUGGCUGCCGGUGGACUAUCCGCCGUUCAGCUUCGUGUACACCCUCAUGAAUAGGAAAAACUGCCGGCGCAUCUGGGACAAUCUGCUGAUGGGGCACGGCAUCAUCCCAAUAUGCCUCAAUCGGUCGUCGCCCUCACGGACUCUGACCAUCUCCGGCUACAUCCAGCUAUCAGGAAACAAAUUCACCGGCGAGAUCCCCGUUCAGAUCGGAAAGAUGACCUGGCUCAGUCUGAUCCAUCUCAACCACAACAGGCUCUCUGGUCGACUGCCGGCCGAGAUCGGAAAACUCCCGCUGGUCGUGCUCAAUGUGUCGACAAACCUCCUCUCGGGACCAAUCCCCCCGACGGUCGGCGACAUAAGGUGCCUGCAGGGCUUGGACCUCUCCCGGAACAACUUCUCCGGCGAAAUUCCUCAGACUUUGAACGGCCUCUCGGAGCUGAACACGUUCAACGUCUCCUUCAACCCACUCCUCGGCGGAGUGAUUCCCACUAUGGGGCAGCUGUCCACGUUCGACGACAACUCCUUCCUCGGCGACCCUCUCAUCAAGCGGCUAAACACGAACCAGUCUUUCCCUCCAACGGGCACCAGUUUGCAGCAGGACAAAGGAGCCGCCGCACUCUCGCGACGGAUGGUGGCGUUCUGGAUCUUCUUCUCUAUAUCCGUCGCCUUCUUCGUCUCGGGAUUCCUGUUUCUCGCCUUCUGCGUCGUCGGCCGCCGGCCCUCGUCCGACGCGGCCCCGCCGGACGAUCCGUUUCUCCGGGAGGGAUCAUCCUCCUCUAAACGUCGGCACGACGUGGAGGCAUCGUCGUCGUCGUCCACGGCGACCUCCGGUAUGUCCUUCGAGGCCGCGAAGGUGAUCCGCCUGGACAAGGCGGCCUCCUUCACCUACCUGGACAUAGUGGCGGCGACCCGCGGCUUCUCCGACGACAUGGUGCUCGGGCGAGGCGGCUUCGGAGUGGUGUACCGGGGGGUGCUCCCCGACGGUCGCCCCGUGGCGGUGAAGAAGCUGCAGCGGCAGGGCCUGGAAGGGGAGCGGGAGUUCCAAGCGGAGAUGGAGGUGCUCUGCCGCGGCGGCGCCGGCGGGUGGCCCCACCCCAACCUGGUGGCGCUCUUCGGGUGGUGCCUGCUCGGAUCCCAGAAGCUGCUGGUCUACGAGUACAUGCAGGGCGGCAGCCUGGAGGACGUGAUCGCCGACUGGGCGCGGCUCGGCUGGGAGAGGCGGCUCGCGGUGGCGGCCGGCGUGGCGAGGGCGCUGGUCUUCCUUCACCACGAGUGCUUCCCCGCGGUGGUUCACCGGGACGUGAAGGCCAGCAACGUGCUGCUCGACGGGGCCGGGCGCGCCAGGGUGACCGACUUCGGCCUGGCCAGGGUGGUCCGCCCCGGGGACAGCCACGUCAGCACGGUGGUGGCGGGCACGGUGGGUUACGUGGCCCCCGAGUACGGGCAUACGUGGCAGGCCACCACGAAGGGGGACGUGUACAGCUUCGGCGUGCUGGCGAUGGAGCUGGCGACUGGGCGGCGAGCCUUGGACGGCGGCGAGGAGUGCCUGGUGGAGUUGGUGCGGCGGGUAAGCCGCGAAGGCCGGCAGGGCGCGGCGGUGGUUGUUCCGGUGAGGUUACCGGGGAUGGACCCCGGUGACGGGUCGCCGACGGAGGGGCUGUGGGCGAUGGGGAAGCUUCUCGGCCUGGGGAUGCGGUGCACCGAUGAGUCCCCUCAGGCGCGGCCCAACAUGAAGCAAGUUCUGGAAGAUCUGCUGGACAUCAUCCAUCCGUCUCCCCCGGGGAAGCCGCCGGAGAUCUCCCUCGCCGUCUCCGGUCGUGACGGCGGUGGCCGGGGCUACGACAUUCUUGCUUGUACAGUUUAA